AUGACAAGAGAAGAAGUUGCUGAGGGCUACCUCAAUGAGCUAAUGAAUAGAAGUUUAGUUCAAGUGACACACGUCGGGAGAGAUGGAAGGUUUAGAGCUUAUGGGAUCCAUGACCUUUGGCGUGAAAUGAUAAUUGCGAAGUCGAGAGAGCAAAGCAUUGUCACAAUAGCAAGUGAAAGAGGCAGAGCAUGGCCUGAGAAAUUGCGACGCCUCGCGAUUCACCAUAAUUUGGAAAAUAUUCAGGAAAGCGAGGGUGUAAGGCUACUAACGGUGUUAGACUUGAGCGGAUCAAAAUUGGAAACAUUCCCGCAUGAAGUUGUGAACUUCCUUAAUCUUACUUAUCUAAGUUUGAGGAAGACCAAUGUAAAACUGAUCCCGAAAGCGAUCGGAAAUCUCAAGAAGCUGGAAACAUUGGAUUUGAAACAUACGAAUGCCACCGAGUUGCCUGAUGAGAUCUUGAAUCUCAAACAUCUUCGCCAUCUUUUGUUAUAUCGCUACAACAACACCCCGUGUUAUUUUCCUUUUCACAAUAUUAUUGGCUUCAAAGCCCCUACGGGAAUAGGUAGUUUGUUGUACUUGCAAAAACUAUGUUGUAUUGAAGCAAACCAAGGGAAUAAUAGCGGCAUUGUGCUAAGAGAGGUGGGGAAGCUAACUCAACUAAGGAGAUUGCUCAUUUUAAGGCUACAAAAGGAAUAUGGGAUGGCACUUUGUUCAUCCCUUGAGAAGCUAAACAACCUUCUCUCGUUGUCCGUUAUGGCAAUAGAGGAAGAUGAGAUCAUUGAUUUAGAUUCUUUGUCUUUGCCGCCUCGACUUCUUCGAACACUCUAUCUAAGAGGACGUUUGGAGAAGAUAUCACACUGGAUAUCAUCUCUUCACAACCUGAAAAGUGUAAUCUUAAGGAGUAGUAAGUUAAAAGAUGUUGAUCCACUGCAAUCCCUUCAAGAUUUGCCCAAUUUGCUUCACCUUGGACUUAAUAGUACUGCAUAUGAAGGAGAUGGAUUAUUUUUCAAGGCUGGUGGUUUUCAAAAGCUUAAAGACUUGUGGUUAGUUAGCUUAGUAGGAUUGAAAUGGGUGAGAGUGGAGUCUAGCUCGAUGCCUCUUCUUGAAAAGCUACAUCUUCGAGACUGUAAAUUGAUGAUGGAGUUGCCCUCAAGUGUCAAACUUUUGGCCAACCUGCAAUUUCUUGACUUGACUGAUAUGUCUGAAACAUUAAUUUCGAGGUUAAAUAGAGACUUACAAGGUGGGGACUAUUGGAAAAUUGCACACGUUCCUAAGGUUUUGAUUGGGGACUCCAAAUAA